AUGGAUGAUCGGGAGAUUCAGGAGCUGAAGCGGGUCCAUGCGGCGCUGUUCCUUCUGGUCUACCUGGAGGCCCUCUUCAUCACUGUCACCAUCCUCGACCAGCGCCUCCACUCCCCCAUCUAUGCCACCAUCUGCCGCCCCCUGUGCUCUCGGGCCAUCAUGGACCGAGGGGCCUGUGAGAAAAUGGCCACCGCCUUUUUGCUCAGCGGUGGGCUCUUCAGGGCGAUGUACUCAGCCGGGACGUUCACUUUAAACUUCUGCGAGUUCAGCCUGAUACAGCAGUUCUUCUGCAAUGUCCCCUCCUUACUGAAAAUGUCCUGCUCCGAAAUGGACGUUGUUAUUGACGUCAGCGUGGCCAUCGGCAUCGGCUUCAGUUUUGUCUCCAUCUCCAUCGUUGUCUCCUUCGUCCACAUCUUCUCGGAUGUGCUGAGGUUCCUGUCCACCGAGAGUCGGGCCAAAGCCUUCUCCAUAUGCCUACUUCACCUUGCCGUCAUCGCCAUUUUUCUCUCGACUGGAGCCUUUGCUUACCUCAAGCCCAUCUCCUGUUCGGAAACGUACAUUGUUGUUGACGUCGGCGUGACUGUGGGUAUCGGCUUUAGGUCCUUCUCCUUUGUCUCCAUCAUCGUCUCUUGCAUCCGCAUCUUCUCGGCCAUACUGAGGUUCCCGUCCAACAAGAGUUGGGCCAACGCCUUCGACAACUGCCUGCCCAACCUUGCCGUCAUCACUGUUUAUUUCUCGACUGGAUCUGUUACCUAUCUCAAGCCCGUUUCAGACUCCCCAUCAACGCUGGACCUGCUCUUGUCUAUGUUCUACUCUGAGGUGCCCCUGCCAUGA